AUGGGAAAGGGAACGGGUAGUUUCGGUAAGCGCCGCAACAAGACGCACACGCUGUGCCGGCGCUGCGGUCGUCGCUCAUACCACAUUCAGAAGAGCCGAUGCGGUGCCUGCGGCUACCCCGCUGCGCGUGUGCGCAAGUUCAACUGGAGCGUGAAGGCGAUCCGGCGCAAGACCACGGGCACGGGCCGCAUGCGGUACCUCAAGGACAUGCCCCGCCGCUUCAAGAAUGGAUUCCGUGAAGCUAUGGCCAAGGGAGCAGCCAAGUCCAAGGGUCAUAAAUCCCGGUCUGAGAAGAAAAAGAAAGAAGAAAAAGUGAUUCCCACGGUUCUAGACAUAGUGGUCAACGUCCCAGGAGGAAAGCAGAUUCUGCUCAAGGGAAUAUCAACAGACCGCAUAUGGGACGUUCGACGGCUCCUGGCCGUACACGUGGACACAUGCCACUUCACCAACUUCUCCCUCGCACACGAGGUCCGCGGUCCUCAUCUGCGUGACUCCGUGGAUGUGGUAGCACUGAAGCCUUGCGUCCUUGACCUUGUUCAAGAAGCUAUGUGGCCCAACCCCUGCUCACCUUUUUUUUCCUCAUCCCUCAAACGUCCUGCGUGUCCCCGGGCUACUCUGCGGUCUCUUCUCUCCUCCUCCCUUGCUAGACGCAUUAGCACGCUAGACUUCCACAUCCUUUUCCUCGGGCAGUACACGGAGGUAACAGCCAAGGCCCUCAUCCGCUGUCUGGUGUUGACAUCGUGUCCUCAUCCCUUGACUGGCGCUCAGCUCUGUAUUCCCCUCCCUUCCGCCCUGCUCAACUCUAUGGUGAUUCCCCAUUAUGCAGAGGAGUACACGGAGGCAUCUUCCAAGGCCCACAUCCGCCGGCUGCUUGACAUCGUGUCCUGCACUCUCGCCUUUGGACCCUCAACCAAGCAACGCGAGGAGGCUGAAGCAGCUGCUGCAGCAGAAGCAGCAGAAGCAGCAGAAGCAGCGCCGUCUGCCUCUGCAGCUGCAGCAGCAUCUGCACUGACGUCCGGUUCCCCUCACCAAGGCAGCAAUGCUGGUCCGGCAGAAACCGAGCCUACAAACCCAGGCGGUGCUGACUCAGCCCUGGUCCCCUUCCAUGAACCACCUCCCGAGGCGAGCAGCAGCGUGGCGGAAUUCGGUAAAGUGCUGGGGUUGGGGGACGUGGGAAGCUUCCUCAAGAAGAAGCCGGGCGAAGCAGCAAGCGCGGGGGGGGACCAGGCAGGGACUCAGGGGGCAGGAGGAAGGGACGUGGCGGUGGCAGGAGCAGAAGGUGCGCAAAAGCCGGGGAAAGAGCUGCAAAAGGUGGGAAAGGAGGCGGGGAAAGAUUUAGAGAAGGAGGCGGGGAUAGAGGUGGGGAAGGACCUGUUUGUGACGGGCGCGGAUGGCAAGCGGCGGUUUAAGGGGAAGAGGGAGGCGGUGGAGGCUAUGGCGGCGGCAGCAGCGGCCACAGAGAAGGGCGACAUGACAGGGAUGUUCCCUGAGGAGUCGAAGCUAGGGGAUUUUUACGAGUUUCUGUCUGCUGCUCACCUCACUCCGCCCAUUCAAGCCAUCCGCAGGUCCCUGCGCGGGUCCGCCAAGGGCAAGGGGGCAGAGAAAAGCGGCGCACAGGACAUGCCGGAUAUGGGCACUGAGCUCUUCCCCAUAGAGGUGCGGCUGUGCACGGGGAAGACGGUGCUGGUGGUUGCCACCACCCAGGGAUUCCUGUGCCCCAGGAACAGGCUGCACGCACCCACACUCGUGGGCCUUCUGCGCCUCAUGAGCAAGCCCUUCGCCAAGGCCUAUGACGACUUGCUUGCUCUCUUUCUGGAAAGAAACAAGUUUGGCAACACACCCUACGGUUUCAGGUCCAACACGUGGGUUGUCCCUCCGCUUGCGGCUGCCAAUCCAUCCUCCUUCCCCCAGCUCCCCAUGGAAGAUGAUGCUUGGGGAGGGAACGGUGGCGGUCAUGGCUGGCAGGAGGAGCAGGAGGAACAAGAGGAGCAGGAGAGAAGGGAAACGAACUCAAGGGCGAGGGCAGUAGCAAGCAGGGACUGGGCGAGGGACUUUGCAGUGCUCUCUCUCCUCCCCUUUGACACUCCUGAGGAGCGUGUGGUGAGGGAUCGCAAGGUGUUCCUCCUGCAUUCCGUCUUUGUGGACACGGCAACUCGCAAAGCCGUCACUGCCAUCAACACUGCUGCUGCGGCGGCGGCGGCAGCAGCUUCUGGGGGGGCGGCAGCAGCUGCUGGGACCGUCACGGGUACCCCAGCCGAGGACGUGUCGCUGAGUCGGGCUUCUGCCGAGCCUGGAUUGCCGGGCUCAGUAGCAGCGGUGGAAAAAGGGCUUCUGCUGGUGGAGCAGCAGGGGGGGAUGCGUGUGACUGUAAUGAAGGGCGAGGAGGACCCGAGUGGGAAGGUGCUGUCGAAAGUGGAGGACCUAGAGUCCCUGGGCACAGUCAUUGUUCACUUGCACGGCCUCACAGCGCGAGUGACUGUCCCUGACGCCCCUGCUCGCGCCCAGACGCUCCAGGCGCAGCUGCAGGCGCUGCGAGAGAAGAAGGCGGAUAGAGAUGGCAAGGAGGGCAGGACGGGCGGAUUGGCAGAGGAUGGGGAGGAGAAAGGGGCUGGCGAAGGAGGUGGUGGGGUACGUGCAAGGGAGAGAGAGAGGGUGGUGGAGCGAAAGUCUGAAAGGGAGGAGGAACGGAAGGAGGAGGAGAAGGAAGGGGAGGAGAGGUUGUUGGAGCUGGAUGUUCCAGAGCAGGAGGAAGCAGGCGCCAAUGCACUGAACGCCAACAGCCCUGCAUCGAGCAGCACCACCACAAGCAACACUACCACGAGUGUCCCCGCCACUUCUCCUGCUCCAGCUGCUGCUGCUGCUGCAACUCUGCGUCAGGUGCUGUCCAUUGGGCUGGGCCGUCUGCAGCAGGAGGAGGAAGCCCAGGAGAGGCAGCGGAUGGCUAGGAAGAGUGCCUUAGCGGAGAAGCUUGUGGGGCAGGAUGUAGUGGCGGAGGGAGGGAAGGGAGUGGAGGAAGGGGUGAUGGUGGUGAAGGGUGAGGCAGCUGGGGCCACAGAAGUUGGCGAAGAGGGUGCAACGGGUGAAAAGGGUGUAGGGGUGAUGGGGGUGGGGGACGGAGCAGCGGCAGAGGCGGCUGGGGAGCACCUGCAGAACCCACCCAAGGAGGAGGAGAAGAGCGCAGAGAGUGGUGAGAAGAAGGAUACAGCAGGUGGGGCUCAGGGGGGAGAAGUCAAGGAGAAGGAUGACGGUGUGAAGGCAGGUAGUGGAGGAAAAGAGGGGGGAGCGGAGGGAGCAAAGAGUGGGAGUGUUGCAGCAGAGGCAGGAGCAGGUGCUGCAGCUGCAGCUGCAGCUGCCACUACUGCUGAUGCUAACACGUCUGCUUCCACUACAGGAGCUGUUCUCCCUGCGACUGCUGGUGCGGGUGAGGGGGAGGCACCAGUUGGGAUGCAAGAGGAGCCCUUGGCAGCAGGCAGGGAAGGGGAUGAGCUGCUGGAGUUGCUGGGUGAGAGCAAGUAUGAGAAGCUCAAGAAGGCGGACGUGGGGCUGCAUGCUAUGGUGAGCCGCCCUGCUGCCUUCCUCUGUCCUGAGCGUGAUGAUAUAUUUUCUUUAGAUGUCCCACAAACGGGGAGAGCUGCUGCAGCUGCUGGCCGAGAAAAGUGGCUGCAUGCUGCGUGGCACGCACAACUGUGCCCUCUUGAGGUCGCUAACUUCGCCCUUUUGGACCUCGCCCCUGUGGAUGGUUGCACACUCACUGACCCGCGAGCUUCAAACAGCCUCCUUAUCUCUUUGCUCCACUCCAUCCCCCCUCUCCCCCCUCGCCCCGCCUCUCCUGUGCGCCCUCUCAAGGUCUCUGACUUCGCCUCGCUGGAGCUCUCUCCAGUCGAUGGGCGCACACUCACUGAUUUCAUGCAUACCCGCGGCCUGCGCAUGCGAUCUCUCGGCAAAGUGGCUGCACUAGCAGACAAGCUGCCCCAUGUGCGGUCCUUGGCUGUACAUGAGAUGGUGGCGCGGGCAUUAAAGCACGCUAUCCAAGCAGUGGUCACCACCACUGCACUCUCCACUGCUGCCGCUGCACCUGCUGCUGCUUCUGCUGGUGCCGGUGCCUCCAGUUCCUUGGUAGCAGCCAGCAUAGCUGCUACUUUCAAUGCCAUCUUUGGGUCGUCCGUGCAUAAAAAGGGCGCAACUGCGUUCUCUAACAAUGACGGUAGCAAGGGGGAGGACAAGGGAGCGGGGGAUGCGGAGGCGUCGCUGGGAGGCAUGGUGUGGCAGUGGGUGCGUGUGUUUGCACGAGUGCGGUUUGGCUUCGACCUAGACGAUGAGGCGCUGGCGAGUCUGCGCAUGCUCUCGCUGCUCAGAGCUCUCUGCCUUAAGGUGGUGCGGUUUGGCUUCGACCUAGACGAUGAGGCGCUGGCAGGUCUGCGCAUGCUCUCGCUGCUCAGAGCGCUCUGCCUCAAGGUGGGCAUUGAGAUCUCUCCCAAGUCGUACGACUUCAACUCGCCCACGCCCUUCCACGCCACUGACAUCGUCUCCAUGGUUCCUGUUCUCAAGCACGUGCUGUGCACGUCAGCUGAUGGUCGCACACUGCUUGAGGCGUCCAAGGCAGCUCUCGACAAGGGCAAGCUCGACGAAGCGGUUUCUUGCGGUACCAAGGCCCUGACAAAGCUCAUCUCAGUGUGUGGGGCGUAUCACCGCAUGACAGCAGGGGCGUACAGCCUGCUGGCGGUGGUGCUGUAUCACACAGGGGACUUCAACCAGGCCACCAUCUACCAGCAGCGCGCUCUCGACAUCAACGAGAGAGAGCUGGGGCUGGACCACCCUGACACCAUGAAGAGCUACGGCGACCUGGCUGUGUUCUACUAUCGAUUGCAGCACACGGAACUCGCAAUAAGGUACGUGCAGCGGGCGCUGUACCUGCUGCACCUCACAUGCGGCUCGGAGCACCCCAACAGCGCGGCCACAUACAUCAACAUGGCCAUGAUGCUGCACGGCCUCUCCCAGCUCCACCUCGCCCUGCGCUACCUGCACCGCGCGCUGCGCUGCAACCACCGCCUGCUGGGCCCCGACCACAUCCAGACAGCCGCGAGUUAUCACGCAAUCGCCAUCGCGCUCUCUCUCAUGGACGCGUACGCGCUGUCAGUGCAGCACGAGCAGACCACGCUCAACAUCCUGCAGGCGAAACUGGGCCCUGACGACCUGAGAACCCUGGACGCGGCGGCAUGGCUGGAGUACUUUGAGAGCAAGGCAGCGGAGCAGCAGGAGGCAGCCCGCACAGGAACGCCCAAGCCAGACGCCACCAUCGCGUCGAAAGGGCACCUCAGCGUGUCGGACCUGCUCUCAUUCAUCAACGACGAGGAGCAGGGGCGGAGGGAGGUGAUUCAGGAGAUCAUGCGCAAGCGAGGCCGACGCCCCUUGCUCAAGUCCAAGGGCGAUCGCCUCAUAGCAGCAGCCACCGGUGGAGAAGAAACAGCAGAGAAAACGAGCUCAGGACUGGUUGAGGCUUCUACUGGCGAAGUUCCUGCCUCUGGAGCAGAGGGGGAUGACUCUGACGGAUGGCAGACGGCAUGCAGCCGCGCUCACAGGCACAGCCACCAGCGCAAGGUGGCAGCUGCUGCUACUGGAGCAGGAGCAGGAGCAGGAGCAGGAGCAGGAGCAGGAGCAGGAGGAGGAGGAGGAGGGAUGGUCGUUGGGGGGGUUAAGGCAGCUAGUAGGGGUGUGGUAAGGGGAGGGGAUGCUAGGGGCAAACGGGCUGGUCCCAAGCAGCUAGUGCAGGCAGCAGCAACAGCAGCAGCAGGAGGAGGAGCAGCAGCAGCAGCGGCAGCAGUAGGAGGGGGAGGGAGCGUGGCAGGGGAGAGUAGCAGGCAGAAGGUGGGCCCUGGCAUUUCGCCUGUCACUCCUGCCCCUGGAGCUGCUUCUUCCCAUACGGCAGCUGCUGCCAACGUUGCUGAAGCGAUCCCUGCUGCUGCUGCUGCUGCUGCUGCUGCUACUGCUGGCGGUGGUGCUGCAGCUGGGGAUGUGAACCCCACGGCCGUGGCCCUAGCAGCACCUGUGCGAGAGGCCACCGCGGUAACUGCAGCUGCUAAACCUGCUACAGAUGCUAUGGAUGCUACAACUGCUACAGCCACUGCAGCCACUACAGCCACUACAGCUGCUACAGCCAUGGUAGCUGCUACAGCCACUGCCGCCACUGCAGCUCCCAAGAGGGCCCCUGUCCCGCCACCAGGCCCCAUGACCCGCUCCUGGAAGGAGAUCGCUCUUCUGCCACCUGGCAAAACGCCAUUGGCUGCUGCACCAGCGGUGCCAGAAUCUGCGGCUGGAGUUUCAGCGACAGAUGAGAAUGGCCCUGCCAGUGCGACCACUGCAGGAGGUACGAGCAGUGGAAGCAGUGACAACCCAGCAACAGCUGUAGCAGCUGUCGCACCUGUAGCAGCUACAGCAGCCAGAGGCAGCUCUGGAGCAGUCACUAGCACGAGCCCCAGUUGUGCUGCAGGUUCUGAUGCGGCUGCCAACAGUAAAAUCCCUGCUGCUGUCGCUACAAGCACUGCUGUCGGUACGACCAGUGGCGACAAGACCGCUGGAACGACAGGGAGGACGCAGCAAGCGGAGCAGGUGGGAGGGAAGACAAGUCAAGCUGAGGAGAGCGGUGCUCCCACCACCAUCACACCAUCCACUCCUGCUGCUACUGCCCCCACAUCCCCUGCCGCCACAGCCCCCACACCUGCUCCAGCUAUUAAGCCCAUGAAUCCUCACGCUCUCGAGUUCGUUCCAGGAAAGAACUGGGGUGCCCUUGGGCCAGCUGCUGCAGCAGCCCAUCCUGCUAACUCACAAUCCGCAGUGGCAGCAGGAGCAGCAGUGGUGGCAGAAGCAGCAGGAGGAACGGGAGGAGCAAAUGUGGUGGGGUGGAGAGCGGUGCUUAGUGGUGGUGUAGGUCCUGGUAACGGGAUGGCUGGGGAGGGGACUGCUGGUGGUGUUGCUGGUGGGGCUGCUGGUGGGGCUGCUGGUGGUGCUGCUGGUGGGGCUGCUGGGAAGGUAGGAAGUGGGGAGAAGGCAAAGACACACGGCAAGAGAGGGAAACAGAGCAAGGGGGGCAAGCACGAGCAGCAGUGGGAGCGCAAGGGGAAGAGCGAGCAAGUGGGGGCGGAGGGUAAGGAAGCGAACGAGAAUGGAAAGGAAGAGCCAGCACUGGUUAAGGAGAAUGGGAUUGUGCUACAAAGGGAUGCGACAAGAGAGGGCGAGAGGGAGGAUAAGGGAAGGGGGAAUGAGAAGGUAAGGGAGAGUGAGGAGAAGGGUAGCAAGGAUGAGGAGAAGGGUAGCGUUAAUGAGGAGAAGGCAAGGGAGAGUGAGGAGGAGGUGAUUGAGAUUGUGAAGGUGUGUGUUUCCGAGACUGUGGUGUCUGGGGAUGGUGGUUGUGACCCUCCCCGGCCCUGCGAGAAUGAGAGGGGUGUAGCGGAAGGGAAAGGGGUUGAAAACGAUAAGGUAGAGAAGGUACUUGAGGAAGAGACGGAGGAGCAGGAGGAUGGACAGGUAAUUUCAAUGCUCUCUCUGAGCGACUCUGGCAGUGAUCCAGAGAGCGAGGAGGUGAAAGAGGGAGAAAGGGGUGAUGUGGAUGACAAGAAUGGAGGGAGUAAGAAGAUGGAGGGGAAGGGAGGAAAAGGUGAGCAGGCAAAGGGGAGGCAGGAGGCAGGGAAACCUGGCAUGAAAGUGUCGAUGUCCUGGGCCGAUAUGGCUGAUGUAAUGGAUGAGGAGGAUAGGGCAGAGACGACCGAGAGGAAGGGAGGGAAGGUUCAGCAGUCGAAGGGACUGCAGGCGGGGAAACCAGGGCUGAAAAUGUCAAUGUCUUGGGCCGAUAUGGCUGAUUUGAUGGAUGAAGAGGAUAGGGCGGAGGCCGCAGCUGAUGCUGCUGCUGUGGAUAAGGAGGUGGUGGGGGGAGGCAGGGGAGAGGGCCGGCAGCAGCAGAACCACCGGCAGCAUUCGCAGCAUCAGCAGAGGAAUCAUCGGCAGUGGCAGCAGCAGCAGCAUACGAAGCAUGGGGCAAACAGGGGGAGGGCACAGCACCAGCAGAAACAGGAGGGUCAGCAACAGCAGCAGCAGCAGCAGCAGCAGCAGCAGCAGGGGCAGCGGCAGCAGCAGCAGGGGCAGCAGCAGGGGCAGCGGCAGCAGCAGGAGGGGCAGCAGCCGCAUGGGCAGAAGGCAGGGCAGGAGCAGGACGGGCAGAGGGCCGCAGGGAGGAGGCGAGGGACCUCUGUCCCUCGAACCACCUGGGCCCCGAAAUCAGUCCAGCAGCCACCUGUGAAGCCUGAUCAGGAGCUAGCUGUUGGACCCACAGCCAUCUCAGGUGUUUCAGGAGCUUCAGGUGUUUCAGGGGACUCGGGUGUUUCUAAUUGUGUGGGAAUAUUGGGGAAUGGCGAGGCACAUGCAGCAGCUGUGGCUGCGCUGGGGAGGGGCCAACAGGGGACUGAUGGCACUGGUGGUGGGAGGGCAGCAAGAGAGGGGAGGCGGCGCAGUGGGAGGGGUGGGGGGAGAGCUCAGGGCAGGGGCCAUGGGGCAGUGGAGGGUGGGGAGCAUGCAGCAGCAGGGAGACAGAUGAGUGGGUUGCUUGCUGGUGGUGGCGAGGAGGGAGCGCAAGUGGGAGGGAACGGGGAAGAGAAGGGAGAAGAGAAGGGGGAAGAGAAAGGGGAGGGGACAGGGGAGGGGGAGGAUGGAUUCACAGUGGUGACGCCUAGGAGGAAGAAGCCUCCUCGCAGUGCAGGCCACGGACGACAGGUAGGUGUUCAAAGCGGUGCGGUGCUCUGA